GAUUUUUUUUACAAUCUCAACUUUUGCUGUAAGAAAAGUAGAAACUCAGAACCAACACCAACUCUCCACAGUUACAAACCAAAAACCAAUCACAAGCACCCAAAAAUAAACCACCAUCAAAAGAAGAAAAACAAACAAACAAACAUGGAAGACCCAAACAGAGCCGAAGCCGAACGCUUACUCGGAAUCUCCGAGAAGCUCCUCCAAACCCGAGAUCUCACCGGUUCGCGCGACUUCGCGAUCUUAGCCCAAGAAACCGAGCCGCUCUUGGACGGCUCAGAUCAGAUCUUGGCCGUCACCGACGUCCUCUUGGCCGCCGAGAAACGCAUGAACAACCACCACGACUGGUACUCGAUUCUCCAGCUCGAUCGCCGAUCGGACGAUCAGGAACUCAUCAAGAAACAGUACCGCAGGCUCGCGCUGCUCCUCCACCCGGACAAGAACAAGUUCCCUCUCGCAGAUCAAGCUUUCAAGCUCGUCGCCGACGCUUGGGCAGUCCUAAACGACACGGCGAAGAAAGCCCUAUACGACAACGAGCUCACCCUGUUUUCGAAAGUCGAUCUCACCUCGGUUUUGCAGGCGAAAUUGCCGGUUCGCCGCAACAUGAGGCCGAGUCCGAGUACUACUACAGGUAACAACAACAGCAAUAUCACUAGUAGUAGCAGUAAAAAGGAUCAGAGGCACGGUAAUAAUAGCAGUAGUAGUAAUAAUAAUAAUAACAGUAGUGGUAAUUUUCACCAGGAAGAUCAACGGUUGAGGAUGUCGAGUUUCUGGACCAUGUGUCCGUACUGUUACAAUCUGUUUGAGUAUCCUAGGGUUUACGAAGGUUGUUGUUUGAGGUGUCAGAAUUGUCAGAGGGCUUUUCAUGCGGCGGUUAUUCCGUCUUUGCCGCCGGUUGUUCCGGGCCAAGAUGCUUACUAUUGUUGUUGGGGUUUUUUCCCUAUGGGGUUUGUGGUUGGAAAUUCGGAUCAGAAUAAUAGUAAUAGUAAUCAUAAUAAUAGUAAUACUAAUGCAACGAAGACUCCGCCGAGUGCGGCGGCGGCGGCGGCGGCGGCGGCCCCAACUAGUGGGGCCACAACGUUCCCGAAUUGGAUGCCGCAGCCGCAAGAAAGCGGGAGAAAUGGCAGCGCGGUGGUGGCUGCGGCGGCCGCGGGGGAGACGAGAAAUGCUGUGAUUGUGAAUUUGAAUGGGAAUAAUAAUAAUAAUAAUAAUUUGGGGAUGAGGGUGCCGAAGAAGAGAGGAAGGCCGCGGAAGUAUUCGGUGCAAUCUUGAUGAUUGGUGUUGCUGGGUGGCGAUUUGGAUGAAGAAUGAAGAUGCUCUCGGAAUUGGGGAAACUUAAAGAGUGAUGUUGUUACUUGUUAGCAUAAACAAAUUCUUUACAUAACGGGUAAAUAGCACAAUAUAUAUGCAUGUCAAUCAUGCGAGGUGAAAGAGGAAGUGAGACUGAGGAACACAGCUUCACUCCGUUGGUUGCUGUGCUUUGAUCGGCUAUGGUGGAAAAGAAAUGAGCUACUCCAUGCCAUUAACACCCAUUUUCUGGUGCUAGUUAAACAAAUAGACAACAGAUAUAGCAUCUUUAGGAAGUGGAGUGUAUUGGAAUCCAAUCCUCCCCCAGUUGUAGAAAGUAACUUUUGACACGGCACUUAGGUACAAUACAUUGUAAUUGGCUGUAGUUUGUAAAGACUCUACAGGUGCAAUCUGCUAGGUAUGGACUGGAUCAAAGGUGAAAGGAUCCACGCAUAAGCUAAAGCAAAAACGGGAUAAGAUCUCAUCCUAUUCCUUAUUAUUUUU